AUGGGUGUACCGAAUGUACAUCAAUGCACUGGCUUUGAACAGAACCCUUGGAAGCCGGCAAUGUGUCGGCUAUGCUUCACUGCAAAGGAAUUUCACUUGAAGUCAAAUGGACCAUCGUACAGGUCCACAUCAUCAUCAUCAUCGUCUGGAGGUGUUGUUGCCACACCUCCAACACCAGCGCCAUCACCAUUCCCAUUCAAGACGACUACGACUACAACAACGACAACUACGACCACAAGACAAUGGAUACCAUCACCGUCAUCAUUCAAUGGAGCACGAACAUUACAAUCACCAAUUCUAAAGAAGUCUGUGGCUGUGACUCCACCAUCUACACCGCCACCUAAACAAUCAACAUCAUCAUCAUCCACCAAUGGAACGCCUUACUCACUGAAACGUCAUUCGGCAACAUUACCAUCGCCACUGAGUAGUAACAAGUCAACGAACGCUACACCAAUGUCACAAUCACCAUCAAUGCUGCGACCAGUUCAACAUACACCUCCAACUCAAUCAAGUCCAUACUCAUAUACUGUACAAAAGACAACACUGCCUAGCAGCAACAAACCAACCGAUCUAUAUACUUCCACGCCAACAAAGACAAACUGUUCACCAGCAGUGCCAUUCUCACUGCUUAAACGAUCCGGUCCAGCACAACGGACUGCAUCGCUUGUAUCAAACCCAUCAUGGGACACGAUCACUGGCAACAUGCUGAUACCUCCAACAAAGAGCAAACGAUCAUCAUUGUCAAUCACUAUAUCAACUCAUACAUCGUCGGCGGCGGCCAACAAUGAUGAGAGUAUAACAACAUCAUCAUCGUCAACUUCUACGUCUAUAUUGGCCAAGGAGACAUCGUCAGAUUCACUUCUCACUACGACCACGACCACAACAACGUCAUCAUCAGUUGUUCCUGCUACUCCUGUUAGUGUCCUGUUGGAACAACAACCAGCCAUCAAGAUCACCAGCGGCACAACUAUGACCACAACAACAACACGUAUACCAAAGCUCAAUUUACUCACAUUGUCUUUGAACAAACAACCCGUGGAAGACAAGUUGGAAGUGGAUCAAGUUGAUCAGGAAGAUGACGAUGACGACCCAUUCAAGGACUUUGAUGAUCUUACUGAUUUGCCACAGACCAUCACAACAACGACAAUCUCCACAACUUUGGAGGAGGGCAAGACAGAGACAUCCACAUCGUCCACGACCACCGUACUGAGGUCACCGCGUACCACUGGUGCAUCUCUGUCCGUACCAGUCAACAAGAUUGCCAACAGACGUUCAAUCUCGCCAAGGACAGCCUACAAGCGUCAACAAAAGAUGGACGCCUACAAAGAGACGGACGACGAAUGGGACCAGGGCAUGGACAUAACCGAGCUGGAACAGGCGGAUCGCACCAAAGACUUUAGUUAUUGCUCCAACAAGAUCAUGGAGAUUGCCAGUGUUCGCGAGGAGGCACAACGCCAAUCGAUAUACUUUGGCGGAUGUAUACAUCCCAAGGCGUUCGAAGCAUUCAAGGAGAUACUCACUGCCAAGGAGACACAAAUCCAACGAGCAGUCACAGCCAACAAGAUUGACGAGAAGGAUUGUUCAAUGUUGUUGGAUCACCUCAACUCUGUCAAGGACCUACUUGAUCGAUUGUUGGUAGGUGGUGGCGGCAGUAGUGGACAUGGAGUAUUGUUAUAA